GUUUGGUUCGCAUCUAAUGGCGUUUGUCUGCAAUUACUUGCCAUCAGUGAUAGUCUUCAACAUAUUGUCGUAUUUGUCGCCAUCAGACCGCUUGAGAGCGUCGGCCACGUGUAGGACAUGGAGACAGUGUCUGUUCACACCAUCGCAAUGGCCGCAUAAGACACUUGUGGUGGACUUGUGUCGCACGAGUGGUGACCACUUGAGACGCAAUAAGCACUCAUCGCAUGACUCGACGCCAGCCUUGAAGUGCUUUCUUCGCAAAUGCUGUCGUUUUCUACAAGACGUGGUCAUCACUUUCGACCCCAACUCGACCGUCAGUCUCGACCACCUGCGAGAUGUGUUGGACAUCAUGUUAUCCAACGACACGAAUAGCAACCAAAACAUCAACAAUAGCCCAAUCAAUGACAACCAAUGGCUGCACAACAGUCGAUGUCUGCGGCGCCUGACUCUCGACCCCAUCGAUGUGUCCAAAGGUGUGGAGGACGUGACCAACGAGAACAGCGCCCGACUGUACCAACGGUGGCAGCAAUUGGUACAGCGCUUGGAUCAGUUGCUGACACUGUGUGGCCCUUUGGAUCACAUCUCGUUUGGUUGUCUGCAACCAGUGCUCAACCACUCGAACCGAUUGCUCUCAACGUUAGCCAAACACCACUCAUCGUCUCUCAAAUGUCUCCACUUGUCUUCAGUCAAAACGGAUCCCGACUUCUAUCCAGUGCUCGAUCUGUCGGUCCAACUCUUGGAACCGUUUGCGAGUCUCAGAGUCGUGUCCAUUGACUUCGAUUCAGUGAACGACCGAAUGCUGCGAUUGAUGGCCGGGAAGGCGACUAUCGAUACGUUUGUGGUUAACGUUCACGGGAUAGACGACGAACACGAAGGCCUCUCCAAGUCUUCGUGGGAUCUAUUGGCCAAAAGCAACCCUAACCUCAAAGUCACACUCAAUCUCAUCCAUACAGACGACUCGAUGACUGUAUUGCGAGACUCGCUGUUGGACACAGACAUGCCUUUGGCUCACUUCAGGGCCUAUUUCGUGGGCCCAUUCGGUGACAGCGAUGACUCGAUCUGCCAUUUAGUCAAUUUGGUGGCCAACAGACACUCGAAGACAUUACUGUCGGUAACUCUGGUCAACGCAUUGAAAGGGACGACAUUAGAGGCGAGUCCAGUGUUCGCAGAGCUCCAGGAAAACCCAUUAGUAAUGCUCGCCUGGAGGUGCAAACGGCUCCACAGCCUCACCAUUAUUGGUUACGAAGUCUGUGACGCAGACCUCAUAGCAAUAACACGACUCCGGGGCUCAUCUCUGCAGCACUUCUCGUUCCCCUUGUGUUGCAUCUCUUUAUUACACUCUCCUAUCGCUGAGGACGAGGGCUAUUACGACGACUACUUCGACCGACGCCUCACCUACUUCUUGGACGACGCGCCCCAACACUUGCAGACCAAAGUGAUCGAAGACAUCGCCCAACCACUCGACCGCAAGUGGACGCCAAUGACUUACGAGCAGUUGCCCAGCGCUGUCAUCAACGGCUUCAACUCAAUGCAAACUACUUACUUGUCCACCAUUUUGAGGGAUCAGACCAUCUGUGGUGAGUCUCACCGUUGCAACCAAUCGACAACCAAUUAGAGGCUAUUGUUAUCUAUAUUGUUGUUAUUAACCAUUCAAUCGUCGCUCGC